UAUUUUACAGAAAUGAAUAGCCAUUAGAAUUUUUUUCAAAAAAGGGCUAUCCAUUUCUGUAAAAUAUAUUAUUUUUGGUCUUACAGUUUUCCCGCAAAAAAUGAUUUAAAUACUACUUUUUAUUGGGGGGUGGGGAUUACCGGAUACCCGCUAAACCGCACCAAUCUACCGGGAAAAUGGCAAAUCGGGUUACUCUUCUAGUAAGUACUUUUUAAGCAAUAUUUUUGCAGAAAUUGACAGAUCUUAUCAAAAUAUAUUCAUUCCUAUAAUUUUUUGAAUUUUUUGACUUAAAGUUUCCCUGAUCAUUACAAGAUCGGGUUUUGGAACCACCCACCAGGCCCAAGGGGUGAUAAUUUACACUAAUUAAAAAAAACACACUGUUACUUAAUUCAAUCUAUAUAUAAAAUGAAAAAAAACAAACAAUAAAUAUAAGUAAAUAUAUUGUAUUUGUAAAACCUAAUAAAGAUCAAACAAUAAAUGCAAAUAAAAAAAAAAAAAGAAACAAACAAAUCAAAGUGGCAGCCCCACGAAAAACCAUACUGUGUACAUAAGACAAAAUGUGGGAGCGGAAAGCAAAAAGACAUGGAAGGGUGUAAGGGUGGAGAGAGCCAAUCAGAGUGCCAGAAUAGUCCCUCUGGAAUGUAGCGGUGACGGUCUCGACCCUUCGAGACCGUCCAGUUGUCAUUGAAGACUUUUCUGAGAUGCACCUGCUCUCACCGCAUCUGACCCGCCGCUGCCAUGAGACCGCUGUUUUCGGACUCACGCUCCGCCAGAUGCCCCAUGGUCACAUUUAACAGCGUCGACUGCUCCUGGAGAAGGUGUACCACCUCCAGACCUUUCUUGUCAAAUGACUCAAGCACCGAGUGCACUGAUUCCAAGUCCUUCGUCUUAAAGGUCCCGAAGAACCAGUUAAGCAGCUGACCAAAUCCGUCGAACAGCCUGCGCUUUCACCUGGUUCCGUUGUCCUUCAGGGCUCGUUCCCACUCCCAAAACUCCUACCUCCGGCGCUCCGCUCUUGUCUUGAUUUCAGCCAAGUCAAGCGCAGGACCUACAAAAAAUGGUUUGACUUCUAUAGGGAAAUUCCCUGUGAUUGCCUUUUCAAACGUGCGUGACAUAUCGUCUACCCAAGCUAUCUCAAGUUUCAUUACUUGUUCAGCUCGCUUAGUAGGCACGUCAUAGAUAACUACCCAUUCCGAUUCACCCAGCGCCAAAGUUGCUUCGGGAUAAACCAUCGCUCCUUCGGUCGCGACGAACAUCCCUCUCAUCUCAUUUGCCUGAACUAUUUGGGCUACGACACAGACCAAUAUGUAAGAACAGCAUAUUCUUCAUCCACCCGUGAGCCCGUUUCUUCCUGGUCGGACGGCCCACCGGCGAUUCCGACGUCGCUUGUUUUUCUGUUGCGGAAUCCCCCCGACUUGUAGGCUUUCGUCCUCUUCGGCAAACGGCUCCAACAGCCGGUGUCUCCUUCUCUCCUUUGCUUACCUGGCCGCCGGUCCUACAGUUGCUUCAGCAGUGUUAGUGUCGGGUGUCAUUUCAGUGUCGGCUACGGAUGUCUCACCCGUUACGGUUUCGGCACGCGGCAUACCAGCUUAAGUUUCGGCAUGUGCUUUACCCGAGCUGGUUUCGGCAUGCGCGACACCCGAGUUGGUGUCAGCAUGCCCAACCUUCUCAUUUCUUUGUCGCUAUCGGACUCCACGCCCGCUUCCACAACCAACUUCUUCAUUUGCGACACAUGCACCACAAUAGUUUUCUUUCAACCUGGUUUCCAAAGUUCGUAGUUCAACUCAGUGACCAGCCCGAUAACUUUAAAUGGUUCCACAUACUGAUGCAGUAGCUUUCCCACGAGCCACUUCUUCCGCUGCGGCCGAAAGACUAACGCUAGGUCUCCAGGGUUAUACACCUGUACCGCACUGCUCUAUCAGCAUGUAUUAUGAAGCUAUUAAUAUUCUUCGUGCAGUGGUCGCUGGCAUGCAACAUGUUAGUUGUAUAUUAGUCUUCUUCUGAUUCUGUGGUUAAUAAUUCAAAUUUUGUGCGCCUCCUUUUCCUAUCGUUUUCUUCGUUUUGAACUGCAAGUACUUUUGUUUUGUUGUUUUCACUGGAAUUUUCCAAAUGCGGAACAUUCUUCGUAUUCGCUGGUUUCUUAUGUAAUCUUGUGCAUAAUUUCCUUCUUUGUCCGGAUUGUCGUCUGUGGCACCAUUUUUCGGAAGCACAUUGACGAUGUUGGGGUUCCCAUAACGAACUACAACCAUUAUAGCAGAUUCAAAUCUCGGCAAGGAUCUCUGAUUUACGUCGACUCCUCGUCACUGAUCGCAGGCUGCUAAGGCGAUCGCCCUAUUAUUAAACUGAGCUGCAAAGUGCAACAUAGUUUCUGCUCCUUGUCCCGACUGGCUGAUGAGUUAUGUUUCCUAAAGGAAACUUAUGCUUUCUUGUUGAUUAAGUGCUAUUGCAACCACGAGCGGGGUCUCUCCUAAGGAAUUUCAGGUGCGCAAUUUGCAAUGGUGGUAACCUAACACGCAUAAAAGGUGCGUAUUGUUUGUUGCAGAGUCCCGGUGUGCUAUCGUUUGUCCAUCUUCCAUAAUGCCUGGAUCAGCUCCAAAUUCUAGCAGUAGAUCCGUUUCGUCAAACCGUUCUUCCCUUACAGUUCCAUGCAACAAAUUUUGCCCGUUGGAAGAAAAGGCGUUUAAUGCUUCUUCCAGUUUCUCUCCUCCCUUCUUUUCUAUUUCUUUUUUUAGAUACAGGAAUUCUCGGAUGGUUUCUCGAGGUGCAUAAAUCAUUUCGUAGAUCCAGUUCCUAUAUAUAUUGGCAGUAUCCUCCUAAUUUUUUAGUUGGGCUUGUGCUAUAUUCUCCAUUUUAAUUGGUCCUGCCCUUCCAUAAGAUAAAAUAGUUACUGUCUUCAUUUUGCAGUUGUUGCACGAUCUUGUAGGUUCCUGGCAGACAGGAUCUUGUAGGCUUUCUUCCGAUACGUUGUCAGGGUUGACGUUCUCCUCCUCUGGCUGAUCCUCUUCGGAUAGCGGGCUUUACUGGAACAUAUAUUCAUUAUUACUCUCGCUUUCUUCUUCGGAUACAAAAUUAUUUAAUUCGUUCUCGGUGCAGCUACUAUAUCGGCAUUCGUGUUCUUCUUAUAAACCUAAGGAAACAGUUGUAGUACUACUGUCACUGUUGCUGCCGUCGUUGCUGUCCGACUCUCCUUCCUCUUUAAUGUAGUCUGCAUUAUUGGAUCCCAUUCCGAUGUUCGUUGUUGAACUUGAUCUACGAAGCUAUAUGAAUUGUUUUCUUUCUUUUUUUUUUAAGUUACUCUUUGUCUUUUCCUGUUGUAAAUACAGCCCCAACUUAGUAAAAAAAAUCACUGCAUUUUCAGUCCUUCGUUCCGUUGUAUUAGUUUUAAUUAACUGUGUUGCCCCUCCAUUCUUUUAAGGUUUUGUGCUGUGGUAAUAGUUUAUUAUAAGCAUGCAUCAUUGUAAUAUAAACAACUAUAGGUGUUGCAACGCUAUCGUUAUUUCCCUUAUUGUUAUAUAUUUUGGGCUGGGUUAGUAGUGCAGCGGCAUAGGUCUUCCCAUACCAUUCCAUAACCAACGACGUACGUUUAUUUUGUAUGCCUGCCAGUGCAGUUCUUGUUCUCAUUUUCCCAUUUUAGCUCCGUCAUUGGAUACAAAUUUUCCGUUCUGGGCGCACUUGGUUUUCUUAUUUUGUUUUUCAUUUCUCUAUCUUGUGAAGUGGAUGCCAUUAGAGUCAGUGGAACAAAUUCUCGUGUGAAUGGUUGCUCUUCCACGCCCUCUGGUAGCAUUGCAUCCAUUUCAUGUCAAUCUUUAUUUUCUUUUGAUUUUUGUAAUUUUCUUUUCUUCUCCAUUUGUUGCAUGACUCGUGGAAAAGGGUUGGAAACUAUGAAGAUCCGUAGGCAGAUAAGGAAGAUUAUAAAUCUUAUAACGGAUAAUCCCAUAAUUUUAAGUGUGUCGAACCAAGAAAAUAUAUUCCCAAUUUGAUUAUCUUGUUCUUCGGUCACAAUGAUAUUUGACAAUGACAGAGAUUUUGUCUCUCCCUCUUGUGUUCUUCAUACUAGGGAAUUUCAUAUAUUUAGUUGUCCUAUCUCCCUUGUAUCAUGGACAUCGGCGCCACUAGUCCGACCCGGAAGAUGAGGCUCAAUACCUCAAUACGAAGUCAUUUCGUAUUUCAUAUAUGGCACAGGUAUAUGGCAUAUUGGCAUGGUUGCAUGGACUCUUUAUGUAGUUAAACAGCCGAAUGCUGGUCAUUGACUUACUUUUUCCAUUAGAGAGUAAAGUUUAUUGAGGCAAAGGCUCUAAACAGAACGGUAUACACAUGUCCAAAAUUUAACAGUAAAGUCGUUAAUCAGGACUGAAAUUCGAAAUCCUCGUUCAAUUUUGGUUGGAAUAGUUAAAUUUGGCAAAAUUCUGAGAUAUGUCCCAAUUUUCAAGAAUUUGAAAAACAGCAAAGGCAAUAGCCUUCUCACUUUUGCGAUUUUUGGUCAAAUCCCAACUUUGGCUAAAAGGUUUAGAUUCCUACUCGAAAUUGGACGGGGAUCACGAAAAUCAAGUCCGUUUUGAAGUGUGAUUUGUAUUUUCGACAGUAGGACGUUCGAAAUGGAAAUCUAGAAAUUCGAACAUGCUCAAAUUCUACUCAUAACACGAAAAUCGAUUAGCUUACGCCAAAUAUAACCUGAAAUUCGAAAUCCUCGUUCAAUUUUGGCUGGAUUAUUGAAGUUUGGUCAAAUUCUGAGAUAUGUCCAAAUGUCCAACAAUUUGAAAAACAGCAAAGGCUGUAGCCUUCUCACUUUUGCGAUUUUUGGUCAAAUCCCAACUUUGGCUAAAAGCUCUUGAUUCCUACUCGAAAUUGGACGGCGAUCACGAAAAUCAGGUCCAUUUUCAAGUUACACUUGUAGUUUUAACAGUAGGACCUUCUAAUGAAAUUCUAACAUGUUCAAAUUCUAAUCAAAACUUGAAACAGAUUAGCUUACGCUAAAUCUGACCUGAAAUUCGAAUUCCGCGUUCAAUUUCAAUCAAAAUAGCUUAGCUUUGUUGAAUUCUGAAACAUGUUUAGAUGUAAAGUUUUAGAAGAACCACAAAGGCUACAUGGAUUGAAACGAAGACUGAAAGCUGAUUCUAAAAUAAUUUGCUAAAUUUGUAACCUUUUUCUUCUUAACGUGUAUCUUGUUCGUUUCGGACGUAUCAUUUUUCUGUUGAGUGAAAACUAAUUUUGUUUUUCAAAAAGCACGUAGCCGGUAUUAUACGUACCAAAUAUAAGCAGAGAGACCGUAAUUAGACUCAUUUGUAGUUUGUACAUCCGAAAGCAAAACGAAAAUUCGACUAUGAAAACAAUGGGUAGUACAAUUUUCCAUAGCCAUGCAUUUGUUUUGGUUUUAUCCGUUUUUCUAUCCGCUGCAUUCGGCCAAUUGACCACUCAAGCUAGUAGGACUACAGUAACCAGGAUGCCAGUUGGUGGCACAACAAGACCAGGAAUACCGUCAAGUGCCUCUACCCAGGCACCAGGUACUACGAGACCAACGCCAAGUGCCUCUACUCAGGCAUCAGGUACUACGAGACCAACGCCAAGUGCCACUACCCAGGCACCAGGUACUACGAGACCAACGCCAAGUGCCUCUACCCAGGCACCAGGUACUACGAGACCAACGCCAAGUGCCUCUACCCAGGCACCAGGUACUACGAGACCAACGCCAAGUGCCACUACCCAGGCAUCAGCUACUACGAGACCAACGCCAGGUGCCUCUACCCAGACAUCAGCUACUACGAGACCAACGCCAGGUGCCACUACCCAGGCAUCAGGUACUACGAGACCAACGCCAAGUGCCUCUACCCAGGCAUCAGCUACCACGAGACCAACGCUAACUUCAAAUGCCUCUACCCAGGCAUCAGCUACUACGAGACCAACACUAACUUCAAAUGCCUCUACCCAGUCAUCAGCUACUACAAGACCAACGCUAACGUCAAGUGCCUCUACCCAGGCAUCAGCUACUACGAGACCAACGUCAAUGUCAAAUGCCUCCACUCAGGCAUCAGCUACUACGAUACCAACGCUAACGUCAAGUGCCUCUACUCAGGCAUCAGCUACUACGAGACUAACGUCAAUGUCAAAUGCCUCCACUCAGGCAUCUGCUAUUACGAAUCGAACGACACCGUCAAAUGCCUCUGCUCAGGCAUCAACUAUUACGAAUUCAACGCCAUCGUCAAAUACCUCUAUUCAGGCAUCAGCUACUACGAGACCAACACCAACAAUGGUAACCAGAAAUGUUACCACCAACGCAACUACAGGCACUUUAGGACUAACCUAUAAUCCGACAACUAAACCAUAUGUUUCGGAAAUCUCAGUUUCCACCCAAUCAACUACUGUAAACUUGAUGCCAACUGGUAACACAUCGAAAACAGAAUUACCGUCGAAUACCCCUGAUCAGGCAGCAGCCAUUACGGAAGCAACACCGAACAUGGAAGCCACUAUAGAUGCCGGGGCUUCAGGAAUAACCCAAAAUCCGACAACUAAUGCAGAAGUCUCGGGCGAAUUGUCCACACAAGCAAGUACUGUCAACUUGGGGCCAGAUGAUAACACAUCGAAAACAGAAACCCCGUCAAAUGUGGAUGCUCAGGAAUCUACUAUUAUGGAACCGAUGUAGAAAGUAAACACCUCUUAGACUAGUUUCACUGAUUAACUUAUUUCUUUAUUAUUGCUUGAUAUGAAACUCGACAAAUAUAUCAAGCGAGAACAAAAGGAUCCAAAGGCACGAGAGUUUUCAAGUAAGAACAGUGAUAGACAGUUUUACUAUGCAGACGACGUGAAGACAAGAAGAAAGGGUUGCCAGGUCGAUAAAUCGCAACAUCCCCACUCAAACCGGAACUACUCCAAUUCUUGUUCUGAGCUCUGGAAAAGCUGGGCCCGGAAGCGCCUUGGUCAGUAGAUCGGCUAGUUGGUCUUUUGUUCCGAUAUGGACGACUGCAAUGUUGCCGCUCACCUGUUGCUCACGGAUAUAGUGAUAACGUAUAUCAAUAUGCUUAGUCCGACGAUGGAAUUCUGGAUUCAGUGUGAGUUUUACUGCGCCUUGAU